CGAGCGCCGCGGGGUGUCGCCGCCGCCGCCGCCGCCGCCACAGGACGACGUGGACGCGCAGCGGCGGGCGACGGAGGCGUGCUGCGGUCGCGCCCACUGCCCUCCCGCGAGCUCGCCCCCGACGUCAGGACGAUGGAGUGAAGCGCGGCCCGCGGUGGCACUUCCGCGUUGCGCCGCCGGAGCCCGAGGCCGCCGCCGCCGCCCGGCGCGGCCGGCGUUCUGCUGCCGAGGACAGGAUCCUCCCGCGCCAGGCCCGGAGGCCGCUGCGCACACACCGCGACUGGAACCGGGGACGCGCGUCCCGAUCCGGAUUAUCGUGGCGCGGCUCCCGGCCGGCCCUGCUGCUCUCUACCCCUCCGCCGCUGCUGCCGUCCCCCUUCCCGGCGGGGGACAUGGCCAGGGUCUGACCCCGGAGGAGGCCGCACCCGCGCCGCACUCCGCGGCGGGCUCUAGGCGAUGCCGAGCAGCUCGGACACGGCGCUGGGGGGAGGCGGGGGCCUGAGCUGGGCCGAGAAGAAGUUGGAGGAGCGCCGCAAGCGGAGGCGAUUCCUGUCCCCUCAGCAGCCGCCGCUGCUGUUGCCGCUCCUGCAGCCGCAGCUCCUGCAACCGCCGCCGCCUCCGCCGCCUCUGCUCUUCCUGGCUGCCCCCGGCGCGGCCGCCGCCGCAGCCGCCGCCGCCGCGGCCUCCUCCUCCUGCUUCAGCCCGGGCCCCCCUCUGGAGGUCAAGCGGCUGGCGAGAGGCAAGAGGCGCCCCGGAGGGCGGCAGAAGCGGCGCCGCGGGCCCCGCGCCGGGCAGGAGGCGGAGAAGCGCCGGGUCUUCUCGCUGCCCCAGCCGCAGCAGGACGGCGGUGGCGGUGCCAGUAGCGGCGGGGGUGUGACCCCGCUGGUGGAGUACGAGGAUGUGAGCUCCCAGUCCGAGCAGGGGCUGCUGCUGGGGGGCGCCAGCGCGGCAACGGCGGCGACGGCUGCCGGGGGAACGGGGGGCAACGGCGGGAGUCCGGCCUCCUCCUCCGGCACGCAGCGGCGCGCGGAGGGGUCGGAGCGCAGGCCGCGCCGGGACCGCCGCAGCAGCAGUGGCCGCAGCAAGGAGCGCCACCGCGAGCACCGGCGGCGGGACGGGACGCGCAGCGGCAGCGAGGCCUCCAAGGCCCGCGGCCGCCACGGACACAGCGGCGAGGAGCGGGCCGAGGCCGGCAAGAGCGGCAGUAGCAGCAGCAGCGGCGGCCGCCGCAAGAGGGCGUCGGCUACGUCCAGCAGCAGCAGCAGCCGCAAGGACCGGGACCUCAAGGCCCACCGCAGCCGGACUAAGUCGUCCAAGGAGCCGCCCUCGGCCUAUAAGGAGCCGCCCAAGGCCUACCGAGAGGAUAAGAGCGAGCCCAAGGCCUACAGGCGGCGGCAGCGGUCCCUGAGCCCGCUAGGAGGCCGGGACGAAAGCCCGGUGUCCCACAGGGCCUCGCAGAGCCUCCGGAGUCGCAAGUCUCCCAGCCCGGUGGGAGGUGGCAGCAGUCCCUAUUCCCGGAGGCUGCCGCGCUCUCCGAGUCCCUACAGCCGGCGCCGUUCGCCCAGCUACAGCCGCCACAGCUCCUACGAGCGGGGCGGCGACGUGUCCCCCAGCCCGUACAGCAGCAGCAGCUGGCGGCGCUCGCGCAGCCCCUACAGCCCAGUGCUCAGACGCUCUGCCAAAUCUCGAAGCAGAAGCCCGUAUUCAUCUAGGCACUCAAGGUCUCGUAGCAGGCACAGAUUGUCUAGAUCGAGAAGUCGUCACUCAAGCAUUUCUCCUAGCACACUAACUCUCAAGAGUAGCCUGGCAGCUGAAUUGAACAAGAAUAAAAAGGCACGAGCUGCAGAGGCAGCAAGGGCUGCAGAGGCAGCAAAAGCUGCAGAGGCAGCCAAGGCUGCAGAGGCAGCUGCCAAAGCUGCGAAAGCCCAAAAUGCAUCUACCCCUACCAAGGGGAACACAGAAACUGGUGCCAGUGCCUCACAAACCAACCAUGUAAAGGAUGUGAAGAAACUUAAAACUGAGCAUGCACCUUCUCCGUCAAGUGGUGGGACUUUGAAAAGUGACAAAGCAAAAACAAAGCCACCCCUUCAAGUAACAAAGGUAGACAAUAACUUGAUUGUAGAUAAAGCCACCAAGAAAACAGUUGUUGGGAAGGAAAGUAAAGCUGCUGCUACAAAGGAAGAACCAGUGUCUACUAAAGAGAAAACCAAGCCGCUCACACCAAGCGUAGGAGCCAAGGAGAAGGAGCAGCAUGUGGCUUUAGUGACUUCUACAUUACCACCAUUACCCUUACCUCCUAUGCUGCCUGAAGAUAAAGAUGCUGAGAGCUUAAGAGGCAGUAUUUCUGUAAAAGCAGUUAAAAAAGAAGUAGAAAAGAAACUCCGAUGUCUGCUUGCUGAUUUACCGUUGCCCCCUGAGUUACCAGGAGGAGAUGAUCUUUCUAAGAGUCCAGAGGAGAAGAAAACAGCAGCUCAGUUACACAGCAAAAGAAGGCCUAAAAUAUGUGGGCCUCGCUAUGGUGAAAUCAAAGAAAAAGAUAUUGACUGGGGAAAACGCUGCGUGGAUAAAUUUGAUAUCAUCGGAAUUAUUGGAGAAGGUACUUAUGGACAAGUUUACAAAGCCAGGGACAAAGACACUGGAGAAAUGGUAGCCUUAAAAAAAGUACGUCUGGAUAAUGAAAAGGAGGGCUUCCCAAUUACAGCAAUUAGAGAAAUUAAAAUUCUUCGGCAACUCACCCACCAGAGUAUCAUCAAUAUGAAGGAAAUAGUGACUGAUAAAGAAGAUGCUUUGGAUUUUAAGAAGGACAAAGGUGCAUUUUACCUGGUGUUUGAAUAUAUGGACCAUGAUCUGAUGGGACUACUGGAAUCAGGCUUGGUUCAUUUUAAUGAAAACCAUAUAAAAUCUUUUAUGAGGCAGCUCAUGGAAGGCCUGGAUUAUUGUCAUAAGAAGAACUUUUUGCAUAGAGAUAUUAAAUGUUCAAAUAUCCUUCUAAAUAAUAGAGGACAGAUAAAACUUGCAGAUUUUGGACUUGCUCGUUUAUAUAGCUCAGAAGAAAGUCGACCAUAUACGAACAAGGUCAUUACUUUGUGGUACCGUCCACCCGAACUGCUCUUGGGAGAAGAACGAUAUACACCAGCUAUUGAUGUAUGGAGCUGUGGAUGUAUCCUUGGCGAACUCUUCACUAAAAAGCCUAUAUUUCAGGCAAAUCAGGAACUUGCACAGCUAGAGCUAAUAAGGGGAGCAACAUGGUGGAGCGACCAACCGAGCACCAGGUCUGCGAGCGUGCGCUGUGCGAGUGAGUUCGAGCUUUCGCGCCUGCGGUGUGGUGAUGAGGUGUCCGAUUUAGCCUCGCACACCAGUAAUCACGACUGGGAGAAGAAGAGUCGUGUGUUGUGUGUAAGUUGUCAGUGUGGAUCACGCGCUAGUGUGAGUCGUUCAGUGAUGUUGAUGACCGCCAGCUUCGUCUCGUAUGAGAUGCUGUUCGGCAGUCGGUUCAGUGGACUUAGCAAUCUGUUGGAUUUUAUGGAUGAUAUCGUCCUUUGUUCAAGGUGCAGCAAAAAGAAGGGAACAGUCCUAGUGGGAAAAAAGAUGCAUUCUGAGAGGGAGAAUGGAGCUUCACACAAGGUGAGGCUCGGUGCCCUUUUGGGAUCGAACCACCUGUCCAAGAAGCGUCAUGCGCCUCUGGGAGUAUCCAACAUUUUCCUAAGAAUUGUUUUCGGGAAUAUGUGUAGUGCAGGCUGGUGCGACUCCGGAUAUAUAUUGCGGCGCUGGUCUGUAGAGGCCACCAGAUGCAGUGCAAGCGGUGAGCACCUGCUGAGAAGGCAGGCUCUUCAGUGUGAGUUCCUACGGGAUGUGGAACCCUCGCAAAAUGCCUCCACGCCAGAAUGCCUUAAAGCUUCCCAGUGUCAACCUUUCCAAUUGUCCCUUUGUUUGUUAUCCAGGAGGUUUUUGCACGCUGAGGCAAUGCACCAUAGUAAGAUGGCUGAGAGCCUUCCUUUGUGGCAAGAUUGUCAUGAAUUAUGGAGUAAAAAGCGAAGAAGACAGAAACAGAUGGGCAUGACUGAUGAUCUUUCCACAAUCAAAGCCCCCAGAAAGGACCUGUCUCUGGGUUUAGAUGACAGCAGAACUAACACCCCCCAGGGCGUGCUGCCACCUGCACAACUGAAAUCUCAAAGCAACUCGAGUGUAGCACCUGUAAUAACAGGCCCUGGACAGCCGUUAAACCACAGUGAAUUGGCAAUUCUUCUAAACCUACUACAAUCUAAAUCCAGUGUUAAUAUGGCUGAUUUUGUCCAAGUGUUGAACAUUAAGGUAAACUCUGAGACUCAACAGCAGCUAAAUAAAAUAAACCUUCCUGCUGGAAUUUUGGCAACAGGUGAAAAACAGACAGAUCCAUCAACACCACAACAGGAGUCUUCAAAAUCAUUGGGAGGAAUUCAGCCUUCACAGACCAUCCAGCCUAAAGUGGAAACUGAUGCCGCCCAAGCUGCUGUGCAGAGUGCAUUUGCAGUUCUAUUGACUCAGUUAAUAAAGGCUCAACAGUCAAAACAGAAAGAUGUCAUGCUAGAAGAGAGGGAAAAUGGAUCGGGACAUGAAGCUCCUUUACAACUCAGGCCACCUCCAGAACCCAGCACUCCGGGAUCUGGGCAAGAUGACCUCAUUCAGCACCAGGACAGGAGAAUAUUGGAGCUGACACCAGAACCAGACCGGCCUCGGAUUCUGCCUCCUGAUCAACGACCUCCUGAACCUCCUGAACCACCACCAGUUACUGAGGAGGACCUGGAUUAUCGGACAGAAAACCAGCAUGUACCCACCACUAGUUCUUCACUGACCGACCCUCAUGCUGGAGUGAAGGCGGCCCUCUUACAGCUGCUUGCUCAACACCAGCCCCAGGAUGAUCCCAAAAGAGAAGGUGGUAUUGAUUAUCCCACAGGAGACACGUAUGUGCCCACUUCAGACUAUAAGGACAACUUUGGAUCUUCUUUCUCUGCCGCUCCUUAUGUUAGCAGUGAUGGUCUAGGAAGUAGCUCUGCUACCGCACCAUUGGAACCACGUAGUUUCAUUGGAAACUCAGAUAUUCAGUCCUUGGAGAACUACAGUACUGCUUCAUCUCACACUGGUGGUCCACCUCAAGCUUCUGCCUUUUCCGAGUCAUUUCCCAGUUCAGUAGCUGGAUAUGGAGACAUUUACCUCAAUGCUGGUCCCAUGUUGUUUAGUGGAGACAAGGACCAUAGAUUUGAAUAUAGCCAUGGCCCUAUCGCAGUCCUCACAAACAGCAGCGACCCUUCCACAGGGCCAGAGAGUACUCAUCCCUUGCCAGCAAAGAUGCACAACUAUAACUAUGGUGGUAACUUACAGGAAAAUCCCGGUGGCCCUAGCCUUAUGCAUGGGCAGACCUGGACUUCUCCUGCCCAAGGACCUGGAUACUCACAAGGAUACAGAGGACACAUUAGCACAUCAGCUGGCAGAGGUCGAGGCAGAGGGUUACCAUACUGAGUAUCUGUUUUUCCUCAGGCACAUCAUUUUUAUCUGGAAAGACUUUUCUAGCUGCAAUUUCAGGCAGCAAUCCAAGAGACUUGAAUAAUAUUAAUUCAACAACAGCUUUAUUUUUAUGUGGAAAAGGGUCUUGCAUACAAUAGUGAAAAAACAAAACAAACAAACAAAAAAAAACCUUUGCUUAAAUUCAUGCUGUUCUUAAAACUAGCUCUAUUGAUUGUACAUCGUCACAGAUUUUAGUUAACAGUUUUCUUUUGUAUUCUUGCAGUUUUAAGUGGAUGCUAACAUUAGGGACGUAAUGUUUUUAUGGCCCUGUUGCAGAUCUUCUGAACUAUGCACACUUGUGCUUUUUUUUUGUAAGUUUGGACCAACUUUUAUGUAACAACCAACCCCUUCCCUCACCCUUCCAGUUUUACAACAAUCAGAAAGGGCACUGAUUUAUUUGGUAUUUUCUUUUUAUGAAGCUACCUUUAGUCAAAGGUCACUGUCAGUCUUUGCACCUGCUUUCAGUGUUAUUGUGAAAGGUGUACUUUGUGCUCAUUUCAGAAAAUAAAACACAACCUUUCUCUUGAUGCAACAGUUUUAUAUAAAAAAAAAUGGUCAACAUUAUUUUUGUUUUGUUUUUCAGGUUACCAUAACCCAGCAAAAUUCAUUCAACUGAAAUAGUGGUUUUUAUAUGAAAACUAUGGGUAGGGUGGGAGGGGUUGAGUAAGUGCCUUAACUGGUAAGCUUAAGGACUGAGGAUGAAGUUAGCCUGUACACCCACUUGUCUUUAAAGGGAGUCUGCAUUGUGUUGAAGAGGCAGGAAGCUCGCAGUUUUCAGGAGUCUCCUGGCCAGUUGUUAGGUCCAUUCCCUCUGCCUGUCACACGUCUUUUUCUGCCUGUCUUUUGGCUGUGUUAACUUUCACUGUUACCUUCUCUUGGUAGGGGUGUAAGAGAAAAGAAAGGGAGAACUCAGUACCUUUUGUUACUUCUGGGAAGUACUAAAUUUUUUUUUUUUUAAUCACUUCAGUGGUUGAAAAUAAUAGCUGAACGAGAAUUUUAGAGUACUCUUUUCUUUCUGGCUGCCAUACUGACCUAGUUUCUAUGUGGAGGAUAGGAUUUUUGAAGUGAGUAUGUAAUAAUGAUUCACAUAAUAAAUGUAUUAAACUUCACAGAAGGAGGGUGGCAAACACCGUAGUUUAAGUUAUGUAAUUGUUUUUAAAAGUCAACGUAAGUAGAAACAUGUCCUAGAUUUAAUUUAGUAUAGCAAAAAGAAAACAGAGAAAAAAACCUUCCCUCUUCCUUUCAAUUUUGUGAAAUUUACUGUAACUUUUGCCAGAUUAGAGCAGUGCUACUAGGUCAUUUCAUAUUUUUUCUUCUAUUAAAAUCAACCGAGAAAGAAUAACUAAUGUUGUCAAGUCUCACUGUUUUACAUUCACACACAAACACAAAAUUCUAUUUCUGGAAAGGAACCAAAGGUAAAUAACCAGCAUCUCCCUCAUCACUAAUAGAAACUCCGAGAAGCUGAGUGUGCCAAUUGACAAUUUUCACUGUUUUACUACACUUUUCAUUGGAAUCUUAAGUAGGAAAAAUUGUUACGAAAAGCCAGUUUAACUUCGUGCCCUUUAUCUGCUUUGUGACCCUGCAUUUAAAAACACGAUCCAGGAACCAGUAAGAAUACUUUAAAGAAGAUCAUUUUUACUUUAUGCCUAUAAAAUGAGUUUUCAGUUGACCAUUUUAUUUUUGGUGGUAUUAUUUUUGUUGAUGUAACAAAAUUAAUGGAAGAAAAAAUAUUUUGCCUUUAUUUGAAUAUUGAGUACUAACAAAUUAAUAAAACAUUAGAGGAAGUGAAGAAAUGUUUUGAAAUUUAGCAAAAUAGAGUAUUCAAGUCUCUGAAAUUUUAAUAUGGUGAGUCUUAGAGCCUCUGACUUUACUAUAAGGGAAAGUAUCUAAAUUAUUCUUACUCGUCACACGUGGUAUUUCUGCUGGCCAUAAGCAGCUAACCUAAAAUUGGAACUAUUUAUGUGACAUGAAUAGCCUGUGUUUUAAAAAUUAAAUAUUUUAUAUAAAAUUGA